AUGCGGUCACCAGAGAUGUCCCAUAGUCCCGCCUACUAUCAGGAACAGGCUCCUUUUGGAUCGGCACAUCCUCGCAGCUCGAUCGUCACCCCUCCGCCGGCUACUCGUCGAUCUCAAGAACAAUCCUCCGUACUGGGCCACCCUAUCGGAUCUCGACCGUCCUCCCUCUCAAGCGACGCCAGUCCUCGCACCUCCGCAUCGCGGGGGUAUCGUGUCUACCACCAAGCGCUCGGAGGAUCUUCUUGGCCUGGCUCGGACGCUCGGGAGAACGAGGGCCUUCCGCCAGGCUCGACUUCCAGCGGCGCACACAAAGAAGAGCGGAUCCGGAGUAGCAUCGCGGAUCGACCGUCCUUGAUGUCGGGCGAACAUUCCAACCCCAGUAUCACCCGCGGGAGAAAGCGACGCAUUCCGGAUGACGAGAUAGUAACACAUGAGGGCCAUGACGCUCUCUUAAUGCUGUUCCGCCUCACUGUUGUCCCAUUAUACUCAUUCGGCGCUUGCUUCUAUGCCAUCUUCGCCUUCCUUUUCGCCCUCCUCAUCUCACCUCUCCGCCUCUGUGCAUUCUCCCAAUACCUCCGCUCCACAACCUUUGUCUCCCAACUAUGCGACCUCCUAUCUCCCUCCCUCCACAUCCACGAGCGACUAGUCUGCAUUCGGCCUCCAUUGGCAGAGGAUCGUUCAUCCUCGACCCAGUGGAUCCGCUCAGACCCAGAGUCUGACCAACCGUCGGUAUUAUAUGAACCGAACGAAGUCUACAGCGUCGCAAAAUCAUUAGCUGUUUUGGUUUUGUCGCCAAUCUUCAGCAUGGCCAUCCUCCUUCUAGCGUGGAUAGCUGCCUUUUUCUGGGUUUUCUCCAUGAUCCUGGGUAACCCAGAUGGCACCGAGCGCAAAGAUGAUGGCCGCACUGCUGUGCUUGGGGUCUGCAAAUGGUGGCGAACUUGGCUUUGCAAAGCCCGCAAAUCAUGA